AUGAUCCAUAGUACUAGUGGACAAUUUGAUCAUAAAGAUCACGCUCUUGCUAUCAUCGGUCACGAGAGGAUCGAAUUCACCGCCCAAGAAAAUGCAGCUGUUCUUCGUAAGAUCGACUUACAUCUUCUACCACUUCUGAUGUGGGUGUAUAUGAUUCAAUUCGCCGACAAGACAUCCUUGAACUAUGCCUCGGUGAUGGGAAUCCGCGACGACACCCACCUUGAUCCGAACUCUCAACAAUACAGCUGGGUUUCGUCGAUCUUCUAUGCAGGUUAUAUACUCUGGGAAUUUCCCACCACGUAUCUCUUACGCAAACUCCCUCUUGGAAGAUAUACCUCAACAAACGUUAUUCUUUGGGGUGUUGUUCUCACUUGCACAGCCGCUGCGCAGAGUUACUCCGGUCUACUUGCCCUCCGUUUCUUCCUUGGAGCACUAGAAGCCACAGUAACUCCCGCCUUUGUCCUGUUCUCUUCUCUUUGGUAUCAACGAACAGAACAAGCAAAACGAGUGAAUGCAUGGCUGGCAUGUAACGGUAUAGCCACGCUCAUCAUGGCCCCAUUCGCCUAUGGUCUAUCCGGUGCAACUUCAACAGCUCUUCCAACAUGGAGAAUCCUCUUCCUACUACUCGGCCUCCUGACCGUAGUCACCGGUGCUUUUCUACUCUGGUACAUGCCCGACAGUCAAGCAAACGCAAAAUUCCUCAAUCCCAAAGAGAGGCAAAUAGCCACUGAGCGCGUCCGAAGCAAUUUCCAAGGCAUCGGUGGUUACGGCUGGGACUGGUAUCAAUUCCGAGAAGCAUUCCGAGACCCUCGAACCUAUCUUUACGUCCUCUAUUCUCUCUUGAUGAACAUCCCCAACGGCGGCAUAACGACAUUCGGAUCUUUGAUCAUAAAGUCCUUCGGUUUCGACAACAGAAUGGCUCUACUGCUACAGAUGCCAGGAGGUCUGGUUGACAUUGUCUGUAAGAUUGGCUUUGGCGUUUUGUCAGACAAGCUGGUCGAUCGUUCAAUCCCUGCUGUCAUUGCAAUCCUGAUUCCUAUGAUUGGCGGCAUCUUGAUGAUCGUCAUACCCUCUCACAUGUCAGCGGGUCUGCUUGUCGGAUACUACUGUAUCAGUUGUGCCGGUGCAUCUUGGGGUCUCGUCAUGGUCAUGAUCUCCAACAACACCAUCGGUCAUACCAAAAAGGUCACCGUCAACGGUCUACAGAUUCUUGCUUACGGAGCGGGCAAUUGGAUAGGGCCGCAGACUUUUCGUGCAUACGACGCGCCCGACUACCUGCAUGGCAAAUUGAUGGUGGCCAUCAUGUACGGAGGCGCUGCGUGUGUGCUUUUGGCCAUCCGGAUCGUGAAUAUCGUGGAGAACAAGAGGCGCGACAAGGCGCAAGAUCAAGCGAUAUCAGGUACAGGCAGUACCAUGGAAGACGCUCAAGGUGACUUCACGGAUCUGACUGAUUUUCAGCAGAAAGCUUUCCGAUAUAUAGUUUGA